AUGACCGACUAUAAGGUGGCUGAUAUCGGCGAAGCUGAAUUUGGUCGUAAGGAGAUUACUCUCGCUGAAGUCGAGAUGCCUGGUUUGAUGGCUAGCCGCAAGGAGUUUGGUCCCAGCCAGCCGUUGAAGGGUGCUAAUAUCACGGGUUCUCUUCAUAUGACUGUUCAAACAGCUGUACUCAUCGAGACUUUAAAGGAGCUUGGUGCCAAUAUACGUUGGUGUAGCUGCAAUAUCUACUCCACUCAGGAUCAUGCUGCGGCUGCUAUUGCUAAAGCUGGGUCUGCCAAUGUCUACGCUUGGAAGGGAGAGACUCUCGAAGAGUAUUGGUGGUGUACUGAGCAGGCUUUGACUUGGCCCCAUGCUGAUGGUCCUGAUCUCAUUGUUGAUGAUGGUGGUGAUGCUACUUUGUUGAUCCACGAGGGUGUCAAGGCUGAGAAGGCUUAUAAGGAGAGCAAGGUCAUUCCUAAUCCUGACGCCGAGGGCAAUGCCGAGUUUAAAUGUGUGUUGACAAUCCUCAAGCAGGUAUUGAACGCGGAGAGCUGGACNNNNCCACGCGAAGCAACGCACAUCGGUGAUGGGCACAAGCUUCUCAUAGUAGAGCUUAGGAGUAUUGUUAGCAUGCAACAGCUCCAGCGUAGAAUUUGGAUCUCUCGAGGCAAAGGCUUGCAAGCUGUUAGUCCUCCAAGAGAAGACCACUUAUCGGCUUUAGGCGGGUUCUUGGGAUCAUCAUGA